GCACGUGCAUAUUCAAAGAGCAUUUAAUUUGUUUAUGUGCAAAGAAGGAACGAAAUGAAUCAUUUUGAAAUUCAGGAAUUGCCCGGCAAGGGGCGGGCGAUGAUAGCCAGUAAAAGUUUUACAGUCGGUGAAAUUAUCUUUGAGGAGGAACCGUUUGUGUCGCAUCAGUUCUCAUGGAAUGCAGCCUAUGGAUAUGCGGCCUGUGAUCAUUGUAUGCGACCGCUAGAGACAUUGGUGGAGAAUGUGCGACGUCUUGCCAAUAACAACGCGGUCGCAGUGCCGCUGGUGGAACACGAUCCCACAACGCAAUGGCUGCCACAAUUCACGCAGUGUGCACGCUGCAAGGCGCGCUACUGCUCCGAGGACUGCUUGGUGGAGGCACAAAAGAAAUAUCAUCGUGUGUCGUGCAUGGGCGCCUUUCGUGCCGACGAUACGCAUCCCAUUAAUGUGCUGAAUGAGACGUGGAAGAAGAUGCACUAUCCUCCAGAGACGGGCACAAUAAUGCUAAUUGUGCGCCUGAUGGCCAUGUACCAACAGAGCAACAAUAAGCCUGAAUUUCUGGAGCAACUCCAAUCGUUUCAGGCAUUGAUUGUAAAUCGUGAACAGAAAAUCUAUCACAAGAUGUUGGGAGAGAACUUUGAACAGCAAAUGGAGCAACUGUUUGCCGCCUUUUGCAAUGCCUUCAAGGGCGAGGAGUUUGCUAUGUUCACCACACCGUAUGCAUUCAAGACACUGAUGGGCAUAUUGGGCACCAAUAGCCAGGGAAUUGCCACCAGCGUGUUGGCCCAGUGGGUUACCAAAGUAUCUGACUUGCCUCUACCUGAUGCAGACAAGAAACAACUGGACACCGUGAUCGACGAGCUAUAUGAAAAAGUCGGCGAUUUUGCUGGUGAAUUUCUGAACAACGAGGGCUCCGGCUUGUACAUUCUUCAGAGUAAAAUCAAUCACAGCUGUGUGCCGAAUGCUCAGUCAACGUUCCCUUACUCCAACGACAUAGUCGUACUCAAGGCCUUGGCUCCCAUUCAACAAGGAGAUGAGAUAUGCAUUUCCUAUCUGGACGAGUGCCAGCUGGAGCGAAGUCGCCACUCACGGCAUAAAACAUUGCGUGAAAACUACAUUUUUGUUUGCCAGUGUUCAAAGUGUAAGGCACAAUCCUGCGAUCCCGAUGUUACCAGCGACGAGGACGAGGAUGAUGAUGAAAUGGACGACUGCGAUGACGACGAUGAUAUGCAAUAAUUUAAACUAGCUUUCACUUUAUUCGUUAUUUUGAUUCUUUACCCUGUAAAGUGGGUAAUUUUGUACAUAUAAAUGAAUGAUUUAACUGUGCAAUUAUGUAAUUUUUUAAUGAGAUGAAGCAGCAAACAAAUAUCUCCCACGAUGAGCGACAAAUAAUUGACAUUCUUCGGUUUCCUCAUUCACAUAUAUGUGUAAUAUAUAUAUUAACAUACUU